AUGGAAGCAGAGGCCCAGUCACUGGGGCUGCAGAUCCUCAGAAAGGCUUCCAGGAACCUUGAGCAGGGAGGCGGCUGUGCCGGGCAGGGUGCCCAGCACAGGUACUGGAGGGGCUGGCAGGGUGGGGCUUUCCAGCCCCAAGAGGUGGAGCCAAGGAGACUUCCCCUAGAACCAGACUGGCUCCAGCUCCAGGCCCAGGCUUGGGACGGGUUCAGCUAUUUAACCUGCUGCACCCACGUCACUCUGGAAUUCUGCUCUGAGCGAGCCGUGCCCCACCUGCGGACCUGCUCUCACCUGGGCAGGUGCCUGCUUCCAGCCUUCGGCACAGCCUGGCCCUCCGGGGCCGAGUCCUCUGCCCUGGCCCCAGCCAUGGCGGUGCAGGUGCCCCUGUGGCACCACUACCUGCGGGCCAUCCGCUCGCGGGGUGCGCCCCGGGCGCAGGACUACCAGCGCGCAGAGGACGUGCUGCUCACGGUGCUGGAGCUCGCGCACGCCCGGGACCCCCGCUUCCUGGUGGACUACUCCCGGGACCUGGAGGCCUUGCAGUUCGCCCUGCGCUCCUCGGACGGCCCAGUAGAUAUGGAGGUGCCCCUGAGGGUGGACGCCGAGGCCCUCCUGAGUGAGGAGCCCGGGGCCGCCAAGGCGGACAAUGGCCCAGUGUCCUUCCGCCUGGGUGUCCCCAGGGAAGGGGCUGGCCUGGAGCAGUGGAUGACCGAGGACGUCUUCACUUCUGCCUUGGACGGCGGCGCCAAGUGCUGCGGCCACAUUGUGCCCAGCAAGGUCCUGCGUGUCCUCAAGGACCUUCUGGUGGCUGCCAUAGUGCACUGCAAGCACCACGGCCUCAUCGCGCCAGGUUCUCUGAAGGCGGACAGCCUGAGGGAGGAGGAGCUCCACCUGACCCUGCUGGUGUCCAGCGGCUGGAGAACGAUCCGCUUCCAUGUGGUGCCGGUGGUGCGGUGGAAGCACCGGGUGCCGGCCCUGGAGGGGGCCCAGUGGGCGCCCGGGUUCCCUGAAGGCAGCUUGAAAAAGAUCAUCAGUCAAGAGGUGGCCCUGGUGCCCGCCAGCGCCCAGCUCUGGAGGGUCUCCACGGACUACCUGCUCACCCGGCUGCUGAGCGCGCUGGGCUGCCUGCCAGGCCAUCGACUGGACAGCCUCUCCAUCCUGGACCGGGUCAACCAUGAGAGCUGGUGUGACAGUGGCCAGAGCCCUGGCCUGACCUUCGACCACCUGAAGACAGUGCUGCUCUGGGCCUCAGUGCUCUUCCCGGCGCCCGAGGACUGGGCGGAGCUGCAGGGCGCCGUGUACCGGCUGCUGGUGGUGCUGCUGUGCUGCCUGGCCACCAGGAACCUGCCCCACUUCCUCCACCCCGAGUGCAACCUGCUGCAGGGCACCAGCCUGGACCUCCACGCCCUCUACCUGCGCGUGGAGCGUUUCGCCAGCCAGCCCGAGGCGGCCCUGCGCAUCCAUGCCACCCACCUGGGCUGCAACCCCCCGCCACGCAUUGGCCACGGGGUCAAGGCGCUCCUGCAGCUGCCCGCCAGCGACCCCGCCUACUGGGCCACCGCCUACUUUGACGUUCUGCUGGACAAGUUCCAGGUCUUCCACAUCCAGGAUAAGGACCGGAUCGCAGCUAUGCAGAGCAUUUUCCGCAAGACCAAGACGCUGGGUGGAGAGGACUGCUGAGCGGGCGUCCAGCUCUGCUGUCUGGUGCUGCCCUACGGAGGCCCCACGGAGCCUGCACCUCGAGGCGGGUGGUGGGUGGUGGAGGGACUUUGUCCCAGGGAUGGCCUCAUGGGAGCCUAAGUGCAGGGCUGCAGGCCUCCUGGGCCAGCUGCCCCAUCUCCAGGAAGAGAGGGGCCGUGUGCUUCUUGGAACUCGUGUCCACCCACCUGUCUGGUGCCAUCAGGACUCUGAACACUGAGUGUCUGCGCCAGUGAGACCUGGACCUUGAGGGUGCGUUCUGUUGUGUCGAAUGCCACCCUGAGAAGAAAUGCUAUGUGUCUGAUCUUGAAUAAAUUAAUGCACUUCCAACA